GCCACUAUCAACUUGGCGCUGCAGGAAGCCUCGCAUUGAGUUACAGAGAGAAGGGAAGGUCACAAAGAAACAAGUAAUUAAUUUUCAAAUCAAAAAUGAAAAUAUAGUAUGCGAACGUCUGCUGUACCAGCUGGGCCUGGGCUAUGCCAAGCACUGAUUCAUUUCCGCCUGCGUGGUUACGAGGACCUUGCUCAGCAGCUGGCCGCAAGCGGACACAACAGCGAACAAGCAGCCCGCCGGCUACCAAAGGCCAUGCAAAACCAAGACGCGAGAAAAAAAACACCAGCACGCAGCAUGGAUGAAUUAUGACACCAGGAAUUGACGGGAAAAUAAAGACUCUUUAUUAAUUGCCCCAAUUCCUUGUUGACGCCGCGACUGCGCGCAUCCUGGCUUGCGUCGGAUCCUGUGUCAUGUGGUCGCCCAGAUGCCCCAGAUGCUUGAGUUCUAGACCACGGUCCUGUCAACGGCGGCUAGUCAAGGAAAUAGAAUGGCAAUUUCCACGUCGCCAUGCAAGAUGCAUCUCGCUCCAUCCCUCACAAUACCCAGCUCCCUCCCCGCGUCCCAUCUCAAUUAGGUCCAGAGUGCAAGGGUUUGUAUUCAUUCCCCCAAUGCUAGUAAUUAGCUAGGGGUCGUAGCGUUGCCAGAUCCCAGAUGGUGGCAGAUUGCAUCGCCAGCUGUUGCAAUGGGCAUGUUUUAGUGGCAUGGCAUCGUCGGCCAACUAAAGAAAAAAAAUAGGCGACGGAUCCCCGCUGGAAAUAAGCCUCCAGGAGCGUGGGAAAUUCGAUACACAGUACGAUAGGGCAUUGGCUGGCGCUGCUGACCCCAGUGGGUUCCCGUUGUCCCUCUCCCGCGUCCACUGCAACCUGCAGUAACCGCCCAUCUUGCCUUGCUGCUUGGACGGGACGGACAGCAGCCAGUUUGGGGGGCGGCCACGCCAUCGGUCACCCACUGUGGGUGGGAGGCCCCAAAGGAUAGCGCCGAAACAGCAAGAGCGAGCACCGCGUGGCAGUGUUACAGGCUGUCAGGCCUGCCUGCUGGGGGCUAGUGCACGGCUACGGCAGGGCCGGCAGGGUGCUUGCAGCGCUGUCUUGAGCGCCUACCCGACGUCGGAGAGCUUCGACGUAGGCAAUCGGCCUGCCACGGGCCAAGCCAACAAGGUCCUGCACACCACCAUACGACACCCCAAACACCAGCGCCAGGCGGGCAGUGCGGGCUGCUGUCGACAGCGAAAAGCGAUCUGUUAUUUAGUUAGUGAACCGGUUGUCCCGUUGUGCAAAUCAUGACGCGCGGGGGGAUAGGCGGCGCCUUGGGAGGCGUCGUUGUAGUAUACAAGGCGCUGGCUGCCCCAAUCAUACUGCGUAGACGCCAUGCCGCCACCACAACCAUCAACCCCCCCGCGGAUCAUAGCCAUGGCCAAAAACUUGAAAACAAGUGGCAUGGGGGAAGAAAUACUACUUACGUGCUAGGGAAAACAUUCCCGAAACUGUCAGGGUGGCUAUAAUCGUGGAAAACAUAUCGCUGCCUCCGCGAUAGCGGUCCACGGUGCUCUCUAGGCUCAGUGCCAGAAAGCUCCAGAAGCCUGUCUUAGUCGCCAUGCGCAUGCCCUCAAUGAGCCCGCCCUGCAUGGCGUGGUAAUUCUUGGACUUGUGGUAGAAAUACCAGCCUGCAGUUGUAUCUGGCAUCUUGUGCGCAUGCUCCGCACGGAACCGCAGCUGUGACAUCUGUCCGCCUUGCAUCGCUCCCAGUCCAAACCCAAUUACACUGGCAGAUAACGUACCGUACGCGAUGCGAGCUGGUGUCGGGAUGGCCAGGCGGGGCGUAUCGGCCGGUGAGCUUCCUUCUAAUGACUCCGUAGCGGAGGAUGGCUCUGUCAUUGUCAUUGCUGCGAUGUUAUCUAGCAAGGAGUGGGCGAUCCUGAUAGCCUAUCCGCUAGUAGAUGAUAGAUGAUUAAUCGGGGUUGGCUGCGGCUGAGAUAGCGCACUUGCCUGCCUAUACUACCUUUGAGACCAGCAGUUAGGCUGUUUUAGUGUUUUGUUCAGAACCGUAUUAAUCCUGAAGCUUGCGUAGGUACAGGCAAAUUUGGCCGCGAUCGGGCGCCGUCUUGGGAGGAGAGUGCUGCUAGUAUUCAGAUGGUGUCGUUGUAGAGUACACCUGGAAUGCCAGUGGGGGUAGCCUGACCAAGGCCAAGGACAACUGCAGACGGAAAAAAAUUGCCUUCGGCUAUGCUCGCUCCAGCGAAAAUAGCAGCCAAAAAGAAAGAUGUGACGGAGUGUAUGAUGCUAUACCAAUGAUCUUUGCUAACCUUGGUAGCUGCUGGUCAGGAAGGAUUGGCUCUCGUAGGUGCAGCGGAUAAUAGGAGGCCUUGGAAGAGGUGCGUGGAAUUAGGCAGAAUCAAAUCAGAUACCUUCCAACGCAAAUGCUCUAGGAGGUAGAUGAUUCUUUGCUCUGAAUUGAAUGACGACGCUGCGACUCGUGCUCGAUUGAGCGAUCAGGCAGGUGAUUGUGGUGAGGAGAGAUGAGUUGUCGUUGAAAUUUGAUGCCCCGUCACUGAGCUACUGAUGUCGGCCUCACCAGGCAAACUUCCGUGGUUGGGGCAGGUUGCGACAGCUAGCCACUUUGCGCGCUGUCACGUGACGACGUGUAACUCUCACUGGAGCUCGUGUCGAGAGCUUCCCUUUCGUGCAGUAUCGUGACAUCAACUGUUUUGCCGUUAAUUUACAUAGACUCAAACCACAUAAUUGGCAGUAGUCGGCAACAAUGGCCGACGUAGAAUCACAAAUCUCCGUUCGCUUCCGCCACGGUAUUCACACCAUUUAUCUCUUUCUUGACCCUUCUGAGUCUUUUUCUGCCGUUUCUAAGGAGCUUCUGACGCUUCUACACGACCGUUACCCGGGCGGUCUCACAAGCACUCUGGAGCCCGAAAAAACCACGCCCAUCCCACAGAGUUCUGUUAACGCCUUUGCGUACGCCGUGCUGACCGUGCCCAACGACCCCUCACGCGGUUGGAAGAAGCUCGACAUCGGUAGCGAUCAAGAGCACACACUCACAAAAUGUGGCAUCAAGGACAAUAGCGUCGUUGCAUUUACGUUUCCCCACGCCACAGACGAUCAGGACGACAUUGUCUUUGACGUGGAGUGGCCCAGGGAUGACGAGGAAAUGUAUGAAUGAGGGGCGCCACGAAGAAGAGAAUGCCGACGCACGCACACACACACCUCCCCGAGUGCCUUGCGCCAUGUUCGAUGCUCAUUACCGUUUUGUGCAAAAGGCCGACCGGAAAACUACGGUCUCAUUGCAGAGCACAUCGAUUCUAGACAAAGGGUACCAACGCCGCAGGGAACCGAUGAGACAGGAAGGUCGCACCAUGCCACGGUUCCACGAUGCAAGUCAGAUGAGGGGGUCGACUAGAGCAUGGACGGGGCGGUCAGAUUGACGCAAUUCGUAGUCGUCCUCGGCCAAUUAGCCUCCUACCAUAUUUUUCUGUCUCUCCUCCGGCGUAUUUCUUAUGCUCGGCUUGCAAAGGAACUAGACCCAUCUCCACCCUCUAAUACCAAUUAGGCACCUGGUUAAGCCAGGCAGAUCUGUCUUGUGCAUGGCAUUGACGCCGCGGGGAAGAAAAAAAAUUAUCUAUUUUUAUUAGUAUUGUAUUUUGACUAGGUAGUAUUUGUAAUACGAAACUGCGUAGCAUAACCACAUAUGUUCUGCCGCUCCAUCAAUACAGCCGUCUAUCUACAGCUUGACAAUUGCAAGUAUGAACAGCAGUGCAGGGCACAGGUGUCCAGUAUAAGAGUCCAUUAAGAGCACGGCCUCUCGAGUGGCACCGGCUAUAGUGAUAGGGGCAUGGCAGUGUUCCAUUCUUACUCGGUGUCAAGACUCUUUUAGUGAGGCUGUGUCUAGACCCUAACAGGGUGUUCCAAGGAGACAUGGGAUCCUGCCCGCCGACAGGGAAUGAUGCUUGGCCGACGGCCAAUCCACCAUUUUAGCUUUAGAAGAUACUAGGGUUGAGCUGGACGGGCUGGAUGUAUUAUAUUACUACGGUAUCAUUGCGCUGGGGGUUGGAUGACACCUGAAAAUGCUAAUUGAACUGCGGGCACCAGAGUAUUUGUAUAUUAAUGACCGCCAUGCAUUCCAGUGGGUAGUCGAUGUGU